AUGUCAAAUUGUGCGAGACUUAAGAAGAAGAAGAAGAAGAAGAAGAAGGAUUCCAGCUCUUCUGAUGAUAGCUCUUCAUCUUCUGCCUCAUCCUCUUCUGAUAGCGAUGAUGACAAGAAAAAGAAGAAAAAGGACAAGAAGAAGAAAGAUAAGAAAAAGAAAAAGAAGAAGGAUAAGAAGAAGAAGAAGGAUUCUUCCUCUGACUCCGAUUCUUCUAGUGGUGGUGAGAAGAAAAAGAAGAAAGACAAGAAGAAGAAGAAGAAGAAGAAGAAAGACAAGAAAAAGGACUCAGAUUCUUCUAGCAAUGAUGAUGAUAAGAAAAAGGAAAAGAAGAAGGACUCAGAUUCUGGUAAGUCCAGUGGCAGCGACAAGGAGAACAAACAGAAGAAAAAGACUCCAAGCACUUCAGGGAAUGAAAAUGACAAGGAGAAAAAGAAAGAUAUCCCUCAUGGUGAGGAGAGCAGAAAGCCAAAGAUGGGAGGUUCAGUCCCCGUUGGUGGAGAAAGUUCAGCUGCUGGUGGCAGAAGCUCCAAGCCUGGUGCCACCCCUGUCGUCUCUUCCAUAUUUCUCUCCUCUAAGCCCAUCUCAAAGCCGGAGCCUCUGAGUCCUUCGGCCGACUACAAGACAUCCCGUUAUGAGUCUCUGUUGGGCCCGUCCAGCUCUUCUCUGAGUUCCAGUCCCAGGAGCACCACCAUCCACAGACCGCUCAGCCCCGUGGACAUCUUAGAGACAUCAAGGAGGCCGGGAGAGGGAGGGAGCCGCACCACCUCCCACCUCACCUCGAGUGACAUCAUUAGAGGCUACAAGCCUUACCAGCACUGAGACACCAUAGAUCUGUGUUGUUGUUACUGAUAGAGUAGGCUGCGUGUGUUUUUGUGUUACAGGGGGAACGUUUAUCUGUGCUUGGUAAUGUAAACGAUGUUGGAAAAGAUUUAAUCUAAAACUAUGCUCCAGUAGCACUAUCACACAAGAUUUCAUGUGAGACAGAUGUGUCAACUUAUCAUGCAAAACCACAGCAGAAGUUACUAGUGACUUCCGGCAUAAAAAGAUGUUAUCACUUAUAUGGUAAAAAGUGCAUUUAUGGCCGAAAUAUGUUUCAAUUCUCAAACAAAUCAAAGGGAAGUUCAACUGCUCGCUUUGGGAAAUAAAAAUACAUGAUUUAUUU